UCACACUAAGAAAAAAACGUGAACGGAAGUGAACUGUGGCCACAUUAGCGUUUUUGUUAUUAAACAUUUAUUUAACAACCUGAAACUCAAAAUAUGAGUCUUCAACUGCACAGCAUCACAUACUUACCCCCACAUAGUGUUUAAUUCGCGUUGCAGACAGGACUUAGUUGAUAGAUGUUAUCUAUUUAACGCCAGCUUGCUAAACAUAUAUAACUGUAUGGUUUAUCACGCUCAAAUAGCCUCCAUCAUGGAGGUGCUAGCGAAUGCAGCCGUGGCAGAAAUAUGUAAAGUCGUAGACGACGAUUAUGCAGUGUUUCGUUUACAAAUAACUCAAAGCCAGAAAGAAAACAGAGGAUUGCGGAGGAAACUACUGGAAAUGAAGGUGGCACGGGAGCGCGUCCCUGUCAGUCGUCCCAAUAGUUUCAAGAUCUUCGACCGAUACAGAGGAAUGGCAAGAGGUGAAGGACGUCUCACUGGAGGCCACAGGAGCUUUGUGAAGCCAGCGGGACACAAUACAUGGAGAGAUGGUCAACAAAUCACUGUUGACGAGGAGAGUGGAACCUCAACCCAGCACAUUAUCAUGAUAGAGUCUGCAGAUGCAGAGGCUGCAGGUCCUGGGGUCAAGCAGGAGAGGUCUGAAGGAGAGGAGGACCUACGGCACAGCAGAGACAUCCAGAUUGGAGAGUCUGGAGCGCCCCCUGUAGCCACGGAGGACCCCACUACCACCCCAGCGCAGCCAAGGGCCCGACGCAGCAUCACAGAGGAGGAGGGUUCAGAGGUGCUUCUGGUGAAGGAGGAGGAGGGUCUGGGGAACCCAGAGGGGACCAUGGUCAUGGAGGACAGCCAGACUACACCUCCUGAACCCACAGAGGAACCAGCUGAGCAGCACAGGACCACACAAAGUCUCACUGAGUCAGUAGACAUGGAGGAUGGGAAGCCUGAUCUGUUGCUAGUCAAAGAGGAGACAGUAGAGGAUGAACCAGAGAGCAUGGAUCUGCUGAGUGGACUAAAGAUGGGGGAGCAAGGUGGUUGGCUGGAGGCUAACAAAUACUGGGUGGCUGUCUUGGAUUCUCUGACCCUGACUGGUGCGGCUAAGGGCUCGCAGGACGAUAUCACUGAGCAGGCCAGGACCAGAGGCGACAUAGUGGAGUCUGCAGACCAUGAAGACCUGCUGAUAUCCGGUGUAACUGGCGGGAGAGACUGGACCUCUGAAGAGGCUGGCCACAAACCCUGGCCCCGGAUCAGGACCCUGGAUCAGGAGCCGUCACUCUUCCUUCCCCAGUCAGAACCCGGAACCAACCACGGGGGACAGAGACUCCACCACAACAACUACAUAGAACACAACCAGUGCACAGGUGGACUGAACCACCUCGGUCCUGGUGGUCAUCUGAGAGACAGAGCCUCCAGUCCGCAGACCAGACCCUUCUCUUCACAGUCUCAGUGCAGGGAUGAAGCAGGGCCUGGGGCUGAUAGAGAUAGACCCUCCUGUUCCUAUGAUACAAACACCACAGUAGCCAUGAUGAACAGAGAAGGUCACCCUGGGCUUCAGCCUUCACAGAGAGUGGUGGGAGACCCCCCUGAUGGUAGUCUAUCAGCAAGUCUGUCUUCUCCUUCAGGGUCUCAUCUAAUGCCUGGUGACUGGGUCCAUAGAAAGCCUGGACCUGGGUCUAGCCUUCCUCAGUUACCUCAUGGUUACCCCAUGAAUACAGACAGGGUCAGGAUGGGCAUUCACCUAGCCUAUAACACCGCACACAAUCCCAACAACACCCAAACAAUGGCUAGAGGUCAAGGAGGGAGCUCAAAGACUAAUCAACUGAGGGUGGCUCCUGCUUUUACCUCGUCUGGUGUCAUUGGGUCACAACAUGGGAGGCCGAGCGUUAGGACGGACACAGACAUGCCGUACGCCUGCCCCACAUGUGGGAAGCGCUUUGCUGAGGCAAAUUAUGUGAAGACGCACCAGACCGUUCACACCCUUCAAGUGCAAACUAAACUACAAGAGCUUAUCAGACAUAGGAGUGUCCACAACGAGGAGAAAUCGUAGCAGUGCGUCUUCAGCUGUACGCAGGGGAUGUCAGGGAAUCAUUCUUUAGCUGACAGAUUGUUGUUAUCGUGUGAAGUGUCUUGGGGUAAGAGGGUAAUUAACCAUAUACCCCUCAUUAAUCCUGUUUAACUUGUUUUUAAGAGACAGUAAACCUAGGCUAGUUUAAUAUUUACCUUAUUGAGGUGAUGUAGAUGGAAUAAAGUAAUUUUAUUCUGUUCUUUCUAAACAAGUCUGCUCACAGCUUGAAAGAUACUAAUCUCGUAUGAGAUUAGAAGUGGAAGGUAAUAAAUAACCAGUAGCGUAUUUCAAAGAACAGUGCACAUACUCUUUUCAUUUAACCACACCCUUUGAACUAUUACGCCAACCAAUACGAUCCUUCCUCUUCAGUGUAGAUCGGUGUCUUGAUUUGUCGAGAUCUGAGUGGGAAGAAAGGCUCAAACGUCUUCUGAAUAUAUACCUAGUAAUGGUGUUAAAGAAUACAUAUCAACUACUGAAUGUGAGAUCCUGUCUUCUGCAUAAAUUAGUCAUCAAAUUUGAUCUGAUCAUCUAAGUCACAACAAUAGACAAACAUAGUGUGCCUAGACUAAUAACACACAAAUUGUAUUUUUCUUGUCUAUAUUCAAUACAUAAUUUAAACAUUCACAAUAUAGGUUGGGGAAAGUAUGUGAGACCAUAGGCUAAUGACUUCUCCAAUCAAUGAGAUGAGAUUGGAGAUGUUCGUUAGAGCUGCCUUGCCCUAUAAAAAACACUCACAAAAUUAGUUUGCUAUACACAAACAUUGCCUGAUGUGAACCAAGCCUCAAACAAAGAGAUCUCAGAAGACCUAAGAUUAAGAAUUGUUGACUUGCAUAAAGAUGGAAAGGGUUACAAAAGUAUCUCUAAAAGCCUUGAUGUUCAUCAGUCCACGGUAAGACAAAUUGUCUAUACAUGGGGAAAGUUCAGCACUGUUGCUACUCUCCCUAGGAGUGGCUGUCAUGCAAAGGUGACGGCAAGAGCACAGUGCAGAAUGCUCAAUGAGGUUAAGAAGAAUCCUAGAGUGUCAGCUAAAGACAUACAGAAAUCUCUGGAACAUGCUAACGUCUCUGUUGACGAGUCUAUGAUACGUAAAACACUAAACAAGAAUGGUGUUUAUGGGAGGACACCACGGAAGAAUCCACUGCUGUCCAAAAAGAAUUG